AUGAGGGGGGAGAAUGUCACCACGGUCACCACGUUCAUCCUGCUGGGCUUCCCCACCGCCCCCCGGCUGCAGUACGCACUCUUCCUCCUCUUCCUGCUCACCUAUCUCUUUGUCCUGGUGGAGAACCUGGCCAUCAUCUUCACCGUCUGGAGCAGCACCCCCCUCCACAGGCCCAUGUACUACUUCCUGGGCUCCCUGUCUUUCCUGGAGGUCUGGUAUGUAUCCGACAUCAUCCCCAAGAUGCUGGACGGCUUCCUGCUCCAGCGGAGACACAUCUCCUUUGUGGGGUGCAUGGCACAGCUCUACUUCUUCAGCUCCCUGGUGUGCACCGAGUGUGUGCUCCUGGCCUCCAUGGCCUACGACCGCUACGUGGCCAUCUGCCACCCCUUGCGCUACCAAGUCAUCAUGACCACGGGGCUGUGCAUCCAGCUGGUGGCCUUCUCCUUUGCCAGCGGCUUCACCAUCUCCGUCGUCAAGGUCUACUUCAUCUCCAGCGCCACGUUCUGCGGCUCCAACGUCCUGAACCACUUCUUCUGUGACAUCUCGCCCAUCCUCAAGCUGGCCUGCACGGACUUCUCCACGGCAGAGCUGGUGGACUUCGUCCUGGCCUUCCUCAUCCUGGUGUUCCCGCUCCUGGCCACCGUCCUCUCCUACGGACACAUCACCUUGGCUGUCCUGCGCAUCCCCUCAGCCACCGGCCGCUGGAGAGCCUUCUCCACCUGCGCCUCCCACCUCACUGUCGUCACCAUCUUCUACAUGGCCAUGAUCUUCAUGUACGUCCGGCCCCAGGCCAUUGAUACGCGGAGCUCCAACAAGCUCAUCUCUGUCUUGUACACGGUGCUCACGCCCAUCCUGAACCCCCUGAUCUACUGCCUGAGGAACAAAGAGUUCAAGGACGCCUUGAGAAAGGCUCUGGAAUUGGGUCAAGGUGCACGGUAG